UGAACCUGGAGGGAGGGAGAACAGGAAGGCAGUGGAAGAGGAAGACAGAGGGCUCGGGCCAGAGGAGGGAAGGGGUGACAAGAAGCAGAUUGGUGGGACAGAGACGCUCCGGAGAGAGAGAAAGGGAGCCGGACAGAGAUGAAGUUACACGGGUCCUUGGCCUGCCUCCUGCUGGCCCUGUGCCUGGGCAGUGGGGCUGCUGGCCCACUGCAGGGUGGAGGGGAGAGCGCGGGGCAAGGGCUGGGAGACGCUAUUAGCAAUGGAGUUGGGGAGGCCAUUGGCCAAGGAGCUAAGGAGGCAGCCAGCUCUGGAAUCCAGGAUGCCAUUGGCCAAGGGGGUGGAGAAGUUGCCUCUAGAACCAGGGAGCUGGGGGACACUGUCAGCCACAGGCUUGGGGAAGCCGCCCGGACCCUGGAGAACACUGGGAACGAGGCCGGCAGACAGGUGGAGAACGCCAUUCACCAUGGAGUGGAUGCGGCCCCCGGCUCUGAGGCUUGGGGAAYAUCUGGAGGCCAUGGCAUGUUAGGCCAUAAUCAGGGCAAUUUUGGAGGCCCAGGGUCUCCCUGGGGCCAGGGACACCCYGGAGGCUCAGAAGGCAGCUUCGGAACCAACUCUCUGGGAGGGUCCUCAGGCCAGGGAGGCAGUGGAGGGUCACAAAGCUUUGGGAUCGAUGCUCAGGGAGCAGUGGCCCAGCCUGGCUAUGGUUCAGUGAGAGGCAGCAGCCAAAAUUCAGGGUGCACCAACCCCCCACCCUCCGGCUCCGGUGGAAGCUCUAGCAACUCUGGGGGAAGCAGCAGCUCACAGUCAGGCGGUGGCGGCAGCAGCCACAGUGGCGGCAGCAGUGGUGGCAGCAGCCAUGGUGGCAGCAGUGGUGGCAGCAGCCACGGUGGCAGCAGCAGUGGUGGCAGCAGCCAUGGUGGCAGCAGUCACAGUGGCGGCAGCACUGGUGGCAGUAGUCACAGUGGCAGCAGCAGUGGUGGCAGCAGUCACAGUGGCAGCAGCAGUGGCAACAGUGGCAGUGGCAGCAGCUCUGGGUCCAGCCGGGAACGACAGCCAGAAAACUCCAGGGAACUGGAUCAAAGCUUUUCAGUGUCCAAGGGAUCCGACUCYGGCCCUUCCUCAGGCAGCAGCAGUGGUGGCAGUGGUGGAUACAAGCCCGAGUGUGACAACCCAGGGAAUGAAGCCCGACAGGCCGGAGGAUCCGGGAGUCAGGAAAGCAGAGAGAGCAGUCACCUCCUUGGGGAGUCAAAUCAUCAGGGGCAAGGGUCCAGUGGGGACAGUGGAAGAGGUGAUGCUGUCAGUGGUCUCAAUACCGUGAACUCUCAGACAUCUCCUGGGCUCUUCAAUUUCGACACUUUCUGGAAGAAUUUUAAAUCCAAAAUGGGUUUCAUUAACUGGGAUGCCAUAGAAAAGGGCCGAGUCCCGUCCCCCAGCACCCGAGCCCUCCUCUACUUCCGCCGCCUCUGGGAGAAUUUCAAACAGAGAACUCCUUUCUUCAACUGGAAAGAAAUUACCGAGGAUGCAGACGUGUAUACAUUACAGAAGAGGGCUGGCGGUGCUGAUCAGUUUCCUCAGCCUGGCUCAGGAAGGCAAGAGGUGCCAGCCGUAACUUCCAAGAACUACAAUUACAACCAGCAAGCAUAUCCCACGGCCUACUACGGGCAGGUCAAGACCCCUGCUAAGGGAGGAGCCACGAUUUAUUCUUCGGCUUCCCGGGUGCGCCCUGGCCUGCUGCAGUGGGUGAAGUUUUGGUAGAAAACCACUUUGAGUCACGACUGAGACCUAUACACACCUGUCGGCAAGGAGUCUGACUGAGCUGCUCUCCAGCUGUCCCAGCCUGAGCCGCCCUGGCCUGGGUGCUGACCCCCGUCUUCUGGGCCGGACCUGGCUCACCUGUUCCUUGUUUCUUCCCACUCCACCAUGGUGUCUCCGUCACCACCAGCCUCAUGGGAGAAACCAGAUGCUUUCUUCAUUUGCUCCAUUUGUGACAUGAAAUCACCGUGACAAUUUUGCAGGGGGAAUUUUCUAC